AUGGCCCGCCGUCCCGCGAGAUGUUACCGUUACUGCAAGAACAAGCCCUACCCUAAGUCCCGGUUCAACCGUGGUGUUCCCGACCCCAAGAUCCGUAUCUUCGAUCUGGGACGUAAGAAGGCCAACGUCGAUGACUUCCCCCUCUGCGUUCACCUCGUCUCCAACGAGUACGAGCAGCUGUCCUCCGAGGCCCUCGAAGCCGCCCGUAUUUGCGCCAACAAGUACCUCGUGAAGAUCGCCGGUAAGGAAGGUUUCCACCUCCGCGUCCGCGUCCACCCCUUCCACGUCAUCCGUAUCAACAAGAUGUUGUCCUGCGCCGGAGCCGAUCGUCUCCAGACCGGUAUGCGUGGUGCCUUCGGUAAGCCCCAGGGUACCGUCGCCCGUGUCAACAUCGGCCAGAUCAUCCUGUCCGUCCGCACCCGCGACUCCAACCGCGCCACCGCCAUCGAGGCCCUCCGCCGCUCCAUGUACAAGUUCCCCGGUCGCCAGAAGAUCAUCGUCUCCAAGAACUGGGGUUUCACCCCCGUCCGCCGCGAGGACUACGUCCAGCUCCGCCAGGAGGGCAAGCUCAAGCAGGACGGCGCCUACGUCCAGUUCCUCCGUGGCCACGGUCUCAUCGAGGAGAACAUGAAGCGUUUCCCCGACGCCUACGAGAACCUCUCCCAGGCUUAG